AAGACAUCACAAAACAGAAAGCUCACUAAAAAGUGAGCGUAGAGGAAGAGGAAGAGAGUUUGUGGAAAAAGGAAUAAAAUAAAGAAAAUAGGACCCUCCACAGCCUUGUGGAUGAUCCUCCACCAUCUUUAAGAAGAUAUUUUUAGAGAGAGAAGUAAAUUCGUCACCACGAUGAAGUCGUGGAGUCGCCUCUGCUUCCUCGUUCUAGCAAUUUCUUCAAUUUUCAGAGGCCAAAAUACAUCUACUGUUGCUGCAGGUGAGGGGAGGGAAGAGCCUGAACUCACCCCUACCCCACCCCUGUUACAAGCUGAACGUCAGAAUACGACUACCGGCACCACGCCGCCCUCCUCGUCUCCUCAGAAUGAUCCAUCAGCCAAUACAACAGAUCUGCCUCCAUCAGGCUCUACGACUCAAGAAGCAAAAACAUCCAGUACGGACGUCAUGGUUAUGACGACAACAGCUGUUGUCAACUGCAGUGAUGACGGUGAUAAAGAAUUGAUGACGAAGGCCAUACCAGUAAAAAUUGAAGACGCGGGUCAUUCAUCCUUUAACUGGGGCUAUGUGAUCCUCGUAUUGAUCGUCUUGGCGAUCAUUAUUCUGUGUGCCAUCCUCUACUUCCUCAGGAGAGUCUCCAGGACGUACUCGUUCGACCUCCAUCGUCCGGCUCCCGCCAACCAUCUGAACGAACCCAUCGGCACCUUUGAAACAGUCUACCUGGACGACCUGGAGCGACCAUCUUCUAAAGACCAAGUGACCACCGGCGACCUUUCACCUCCUCCUGUAUCCAACGGCACAACUCUGCCGUCGGAGGAACGGCGCUCCGAUGGAGAGAGCGCUCCACAGGAACAGCCAGAUGCAAACGGUACGGAGACGUCGCCCACCAGUAACACCAGUAACACCAGUAACUACAGUCCCUCGCUGAGCGACGGCCCGGUGGACAAGCCACCCAGCCCAAUGAGCUGUAUCAACAUGUUCUUCGAUGCUGUUGGGGAGGACCAGCAGAACGAGAACAACAACAACCCGUCGGUUUGCUCCAGUGACCCGUUUGUUGAAAUAAACCUUGAUGAGACGGCGUUGUGCGAUCAGCUCCUCAUCUCUCCGGAAGCUUCUUCUUCUGUCCUCCCCUUCUCCUUCUCCUCCUCUUCCUCAUCUUUGCACCUCCAAUGACGACCCCACAGCUCAACAUGGAGGUCACGACUGUGGCUGUAAAAAGGUCUUCAAGUGUUUCGGUCUUUUAUUUGCCAGUGAAGAGCGUAUAAAUGUGAACCACCAAGCUGGAAACAGAAAGAGCUCGCUUACGCUUCAUGUUCUGGGUUGUGUGGAUGGAUUCAGCACAUCCUGAUAAUGGGUUUAUAUCUAUAAUGGAAGUUACUUUGGCACAUAACUGUCAAACAAGAGUUAGCUCAGUUAACCUGAACUAACCACUAGCUAAGCCAAUGAGUAGCCAGAUGACUCAGCGAUUUUAGCUGGUGCCUUCAGCAGUAACCUGUUGUUUUAUUAACGCUGGCUCUUAAAAAUGAAUUAGGCUUUUUGUAAUGGAGAGCUGUGGAUUAUUUGCUGUAAGCACUGUUUUCUCAAACUACAAACAUAUGUUGUUAUCAAGCUAUUAAACAUCUUGUAUUUCUA